AUGAAAAACACACCCCAUCGGGUUUAUUUAGGCCUCCCGCUGGAUUUCGAUGAUUCAAUUCGCCUCUUGACUCUGCUUCCAGGUCAUCCAGUGGAGCCAGUCAGAACACGCCUGUUAAAUUCUCGAAUCGGACUCCUCCUUCCCACGAAGCGCUCUCCUACACCUGGGGGGAUCAAACAUUGA